AUGGGUCAAAAACAAAGUGUUGUCGAAGACCAUAAGCCCAAAAAUAAACACGGAUAUUUUCGAAUAAGUGAUAAUAUGAAAAAAAUUAAUGCUGAAUUAAAAAUCGUCAGUAUUGGCAAAGUUUACCGCCGCGACGAGGAUGAUGCUACCCAUACUCAUCAAUUUACGCAAGUAGACUGUUUUACGGUUGGCAAAAAUUUUUCUUUUUCUCAUUUAAAGAGAACUUUAGAAUUAGUGGUCCAAGAAUUACUGGGUAGAGAACAAGCCAUUCGCCUUCGUCCUUCUUAUUUUCCCUUUACCGAACCGAGCGUGGAAAUAGAUGCCUGCUGUUUGCUAUGCCAGGGUCAAGGCUGCGAAAUAUGUAAAAAAACCGGUUGGGUAGAAAUUGCGGGGGCUGGAUUAAUUCACCCACAAGUCUUAAAAAAUUGCGGUUUUGACCCCCAAAAAUUCACUGGAUUUGCCUUUGCUUUCGGUUUAGAGCGAUUAUUAAUGCUAAAAUACGGCAUUGAGGAUAUUCGUCAUUUUUAUCUGAAUGACAUUCGUUUUUUAAGGCAGUUCAGAG